AUGGCCCGACUGAGGGAGGCCAUUGAGCACAGCACAGCCAAGGAUCUUGUCGUGGACCUUCUUGACGGGCCAGGCACUUACUCCGUUGCCUGGAGUGAGUUGGAGUCCUGGUUUGGAGGAGCAGACAGGCAUCUAGAGCAGCAGAUACGAGAGGUUAUGACGCAGGCAAGAAUUGCCAACGAGCGAGAUCUGGAAGGCCUGCAAAAGUAUGCCGUCAAGCUCCGCAGCACGAUUGCUAACAUUCGCACCAGUGGCAGCACGCCGAGUCAAGAGCUGUGCAUAAUUGCGACGGAAAAGAUUCCCAAGUCCAUGCUGAUCAAGUUCUUCGAUAAGCAUGGAACUGGCAGCACUGACAUCGAUGCGUUCGCCACGUGGCUGUUAAGUUACGUCAAGAACUUGAAGCAUGCCACGGACCGGCUUGGGUUGCUCGAGAAGCAGGAGACGCGAUCCCAGAGCACUUCGCAACCUAAACCGAAGAUGAAGCAUCAGACAUUGGCAGCGGCCAGUGUCCGCCGGCAGGACAAAAAGUCGGCAGCCACCAAAUCUCCAGCACGGCAACAAAAGUGCCGAAAGUGUAACGGGCCGCAUCAGUUGCGUCACUGCAACGAAUUCAAGGCGCUAGGUGUCAACAAGCGCAAUGAGUUGGCUAGGCUGCUGAAUCUAUGUUUGAACUGCCUGGGUGAUGGCCAUUGGGCGCGAGAGUGUGAGUCAGCUGCCUGCACGGAAUGUAGUGGCAAGCAUCACUUGUUGCUCCACACCGAGCGCAAGCCUGCUUCUGACAAGGCGGAGAGGGCGCCACAAUCCACAGAAGAGACCACACAUCAUGGAACCGACUCGGCUGGAGGGUUGCCAAUGACCGAAGACGGCGCAAGCGGGUCAACAUCAUUUAUGACAGUUCCUGUGCAGGUCAUGAACGGGGCACAUUCCGCCAUGGCGAAUGUGCUACUGGACUCUGGCUCAAGCUGCAGCUACGUGUCAGAGCAGCUCGCAAGGCGACUACAUCUUCAAGGAAACGACAAGGACGUGAGUGUGACCGUACUCGGCGGCAAGGUUCUGCGCGGCCGACGGCGCGUCGUGAAGCUGCACCUUCGCCACCAUGAUAGCAAGGACACUACUCAACUGGAGGCCUAUGUGAUGCCCAAGAUCACGAGCGAGCUCCCUGUCACCAAUUGGAAUGCCGUGCGGAGCCAGUGGCCACACUUAUCCGACAUUGAGUUUGCAACUGUAGCUCACGCCAAGGUUGACAUACUCGUCGGCUUGAAUGCCGCUGUACUUCACGUUGCGCAGGAGGAGCGAGUUGGCAACGACGGCGAUCCCAUCGCCAGACGAACGCUUCUCGGCUGGAUGUGCUUUGGUCCCAGCAUACGCUCCGAAGGCCCCAGCAGUCACAGCACUUUCCAUGUCGCAGAGGCAACGCGCUCAGGACUGGACACACUGGUGAAGAAGUUCUGGGAACUUGAAUCAGUCGGGAUGGAGACAUCAUCAGAUGAGUACUUGACACCGGAUGAGCGCCAAGCUGAGAGUACCACCCGCCAGUACAUCCGUCACGUAAAUGGGCGCUUCGAGGUCGCCAUCCCGUGGAAGACAGAGGAGCCGCCUGGGGUCAAGAGCAAUCGAGUCCAAGCUGAGUGUCGACUCAGAUCCUUGGUACGUUCCCUGCAGCGACGGCCUGACGUACAAGUCCGCUACGCCAAGGUACUGGAGGACUACCUUCACAAGUCGUACAUCAGGAUGCUGACAGCACAGGAAGAAUGCAGCGGUGCUACAGACGAGUGGCUCCUUCCGCACUUUCCUGUCGUGCGAGAAGACAAGGCCACCACCAAAGUCCGUGUCGUCUUCGACGCUGCUGCUCAGUUCAAUGGAAGCAGCAUUAAUGACCGCAUGCUGGCAGGGCCCAAGCUCCAGAACGACCUUGUGAAGGUCCUCAUCCGUUUCUGUGAGCACCCCAUCGCACUGAUCGCCGACAUUUCGGAGAUGUUUCUGCAGGUCGGCCUGAGACCUGAGGACCGGCGCUACCACCGCUUCCUAUGGUUCGUGGAUGACGAUAUACGUGUGUUCGAGUUCACUCGCCUCGCCUUCGGCAUUAAGGCGUCGCCAUACCUGGCCGGACGGGCUCUUCUAGAGACGGCUGAGAAGUUUGGCGAUCAGUUCGACACAGAGACGUGUAGCACCAUCCGCCAGUCCUUCUACGUAGACGACAUGCUGAAGUCGCUACCAACUGAGCAACAGGCGAUCCGGGUACAGGACCAGCUCCAACGUCUGCUACGUAUGGGCGGCUUUCACCUACGCAAGUGGAUGUCGAAUAGCCCGGUGGUCAUGCAGUCCAUUCCUGAAGAAGACCGAGCAUUGGACAUUGCGAAGACCUUCACUGAGCAGGAUGGGUCCGGCAAGGCAAUGCAGAAGGCUCUGGGAGUCUCGUGGAUGAUCGCUGAUGACUACUUCACUUUCCACUGCCGGAAUCCAGCCCCUGUCACGCUUACCAAACGUGGCGUUCUCAGCUGCAUGGCCUCACUAUUUGAUCCCAGAGGCCAGAUUGCACCGUUUACGAUUCGCAGCAAGAUCAUGUUCCAGGAGCUGUGCCUUGCCGGAAACGGAUGGGACGACCCACUGACCGUUCACCAACGUGAGUCAUGGCUCAAAUGGUUCGGUGAGUUUGAGCAGUUGUCCGCGCUAAGGAUCAGACGGUGUUUCAGGGAAGCUGGAGCAACCAAUGAUGUCACAAUCCAUGUGUUCACCGACGCAUCAGAGCUGGCAUACGCAACAGCAGUGUAUGUACGGGUCAGCAACGCCGACGGAACCGCAACUGUGACUCUUGCAAUCGCCAAGGCCAGACCUGCGUCGAUCAAGCGCCGUACCAUCCCGCUACUAGAACUGCAAGGAGCUGUCCUGGGCUCGCGGCUGGGUGAGUUUGUUCGCAAGACCCUCGGCAUUGCGACAUCUGAUGUCUACUACUGGACGGACUCGAUGAACGUGCUGUAUUGGGUCAGGUCGCCAAGCCGUAGGUUCAAGAUAGAGGUCGGGAAUCGCGUUUCCGAAAUUCAGCAGCUGACCAUGACCGGCAACUGGCACCACGUUCCCGGCAAGCUCAACCCUGCUGACUUUCCUACACGCGGACUAACGGCAGAGCAGCUAGUCGACGAGUCGAGGUGGUGGGAAGGCGCACCAUUUCUGCGGGAGCCACCUUCGCAGUGGCCGCAGAGGCAGAUUAUCGUGCCACAGGUGCUACCAAGUCAACUGAAGCGAGCUGACGUCACGCUUGCAGCUACUCCGGCCGCGACAACAGACAAUCGGCUCCACCCCGAGCACUAUUCGUCAUGGACGAGGCUUGUUCGUGUCACCGCGUGUUGUCAUCGUUUCGUUUCCAGGGCUCGCCGCACCAAGGAAUCUGAUGCCCUACUAACUGAGGCCAAGGUCCCUGUGGCCACCGCCGAGUCCCGUACCGUGCUGGUGCCCGAACUGUCGGCAGAAGAGUUACGGGGCGUGGAGCGCCACUGGAUUCGUGUCAGUCAACGAGAAGUCUAUCCUGUUGUUGUUGCGACCCUGGAGAAGGGUAACGAGCUGCCACCUAGUGCGCCGCUUCUGAAGCUUCGGCCGUUCCUAGAUGACGAGAAUGGAGAUCGGCUGUUGCGUGUCGGCGGUCGACUCCGAACCGCGCAUCAUUUGUCAUCGGAGUUCCGUUCACCGGUCAUCCUUCCACCGCGUCAUCGCGUGACGGAACUCAUCAUCCAGCAUGAAGACCGGCGCUGUCGACACAGCGUGGGUACUAAUCACCUCCUGGCCAACCUCGCAGAUCGCUACUGGUUGAUAAAGGGAAAGCAGAUGGUCAAGAUGCACCGGCAUAGCUGCGUAGGAUGCCAGAAGGUGUGGCGGAAGCCUGUAGUGCCACCGAUGGGUCAACUACCAGAUUACCGUACCCAGGGCACUCUACCAGCAUUCGCUCGGACGGCGGUCGACUAUGCAGGACCCUUCUAUGUCAAGAGAGGGCGUGGAAAGAGUCAGGAGAAGCGCUAUGUGGCGGUCUUCACAUGCCUGCAGUCUAGAGCAUGCCAUUUUGAGAUGGUAACAUCCCUGGACACUGAGGGCUUCAAGAUGGCUCUCACUCGGUUUUGCUGUCGUCGCGGAACGCCUCAGUUCAUCCUCACCGACAAUGGCGGCAACUUUGUUGCCACGGAGCGCGAACUGAGGGAGGCAGUGUCGCAGAUCAAUCAUGCCACGCUAACCGCUGACUUAGCCGGCCAAGGAGUGGAAUGGCGGUUCAACCCUCCACGUUCCCCGCAUUUCGGAGGGGUGUUUGAACGGAUGGUGCGCGCCAUGAAACAGGUUCUUCAGACGGUCCUCUAUAAGGCAGACUUGACGGAGGAGGAGCUGUUAACUGCUCUCGUUCAGGCAGAAGCCCUAGUGAACUCGCGUCCCUUGACAGUCGUUUCCGACGACAUAGAUGAUCACGAGCCGCUAACACCCGCGCACUUCCUGAUUGGCCAUGCAUCAAUGACAACGCCCCUGGAACACGUGCAGUCUGACAGCCGUAUCAACCCCCGACAUCGGUGGAAAGUUCUACAGAACCUCAUGCAGCAGAUCUGGAAGAGGUGGAUGAGGGAGGUUGUUGCACGUGCCAACCUCGCCACGAAGUGGCUUAAAGAUGCCGUCGAUCUCGACGUCGGCACAGUACUGAUCGUUGCUGACUCCUCGCUACCCCGCGCACGUUGGUCAUUGGGCCGAGUAGUAGCCACAUACCCCGGCAGAGAUGGACGUGUCCGUGUGGUCGACAUCAAGGUGAGCGGAAAAGUCUACAAGAGAAGCGUUCACCAGCUUGUGCCGCUAGAUGUGGCUCCGACCGGUUAG